AUGACACUGGGCAAUCCUGGUGAACAAACUCCCUCUCCAAUUCGUCGCAGCUUAGGAAAAGACCCCGGCGCUCCUCGUCCGUCUACUACCGUUGUGCUUCCAUCUCUGGCAAUUUGCUCUGAGAACACAAGCACUCUUACCAACCACAGUUCCAGCAACACAGCACCAGUUAGUUGUGCAGCUUCGAGUUCCGCGAUGGAACCCAAUGGCAUGCGUAUCCCUGGAGAUGCGUCGUUGCAGUACGAAUAUCUUUCGCCAAUUGGAUACUCUAAAUCAUCAAGAUGUGGUUACUGUGGAAGUCGUGGCAAGAGUCAGUCAAAACGUUACUCUUACUACGCCUCAACAUCAUCGCUGAGUCCGGAAUUCUAUCAGAUUCUCCUGGACAGAUGCUGGAGACGCUCAGGUACACUCAUGUACCGACCUGACCAACGCCGGUCAUGUUGUCCUCAUUAUACUAUCCGUCUCGAUUCUACCCAGUUCAAACCAUCUAGAGAUCAGCGGCAAACCAUCAACAGAUUCAACAAAUUUGUUUUGGGAGGUUCGUAUAUGAAGGAGGCUUCCCGACUGUACCCUAGAUCGCGCGAUGAGGCCAAGAAGCGCGAUAACCACUUCGACCUUGUUGACCGAAUCCAUGAAGCUGAGGAUGGCAACGUGCAAAAGCCCCCUGAGGCUGCGCACAAACUUGUUGUCACCCUAGAACACGAUGACUUCACAGAAGAAAAGUUUGCCAUUUACGAAAACUACCAGCGGGUGGUUCACAAGGACUCUCCGAGUGAAAUAAGUAAAAGCGGAUUCAAACGCUUUCUCUGCAGCUCCCCCUUGAGGAGAGAGAAGAUGGUAGCACCAGAUGGACGCGAACGUCGCCUAGGUUCUUACCAUCACUGCUAUAGAUUGGAUGGUAAGCUAGUCGCUGUCGGUGUUCUCGACCUCUUGCCGGAGUGUGUAAGCUCUGUCUACUUUCUGUACCACGAAAGUAUACAUCAGCAUACGCCGGGUAAACUUGGUGCGCUGUACGAGAUCGCCUUGGCUAUCGAAGAUGGCUACGGUUGGUGGUAUCCUGGCUUCUAUAUACACAGCUGCCCCAAGAUGCGGUACAAGAUCGACUACUCGCCACAGUUUGUUCUUGAUCCCGAGUCGUUGACUUGGGAUCCAUUGGAUCGAGGCAUACUUAAUCUUCUCGACAAGAAGUCGUUUGUGAGCCUUUCACUCGAGAAGAAACAGGCUGCUGAAGGCGGUGAUAGUAAGUCUCUGAUGCCCAGCGAGGAGGUAAAGAUGAGUGACAGUCCCGAGAUCAAAGGAUCCGACUCUUCUCUUUCUGGCGAAGAAGAGGACAGUGACUGGCUGUUUACCUCUGGGAUGCCUGGCAUUCCUCCGAUCACUUCGGCAGCGACCUGGGAUAUGGAUCACAUUGCCUUGAAGAUCGCCCCUGAAGGACCGUUAUAUGAAACUUCGGACCUUGUCAGCUGGGACGAACGUGGUGUUAAAGAACACCCAGGACUGAAAUCUGCAGUGGCUGAGCUUGUCGCUGCAACUGGACCAGAUCUGAUGGAUCGAAUUUGUCUAGAUUUUGCCCCGAAACGAUAG